CCUCGCAGCGUCUUCGUGAGGAAGGUGCUCCGAGGGACGACCGAGUCGCUGGUGUGAGAUGGGAGCGCGGAGGCUCGGAGCCCCAGAUCGACCGACCCGAGUGCCCGCCCAGGCAUGCAUGGGGGUGUUGUGUCAUCUUUGGUCUGCUGUAGAUACAGUGAGUGGAGUCUGUUCUGCAUCAUGGAGCCGCACAGCUGCGCCCAAGCUUGUCUAGCAACUGCCCGGCCGAGUCUCACGAUGCUGGGCCCUGAGGGAGGUGAAGGCUAUGUGGUCAAGCCCCGUGGGCUGCCCUGGUCCUGCUCAAUUGAGGACGCGCAGAACUUUCCCUCCGACUUCACACUUCACGUUGGGGUGGCAGGUGUCCAUUUCGUUUACACUAGAGAAGGCAGGCAGAGUGGUGAGGAUUUUGUUGAACUCGACUCCGAAGAUGAUGUCAAAAUGGCCCUGAAAAAGGACAGGGAAAGCAUGGGGCACCGGUACAUCGAGGUGUUCAAGUCUCACAGAACCAAGAUGGAUUGGGUGUUGAAGCGCAGCGGUCCCAACAGCGCCGACACCGCCAACGACGGCUUUGUGCGGCUCCGGGAACUCCCAUUCGGAUGCACGAAGGAAGAGAUCGUGCCAAACAGGAUCACACUGCCUGUGGACCCCGAGGGCAAGAUCACAGGUGAGGCCUUCGUGCAGUUCGCCUCGCAGGAGCUGGCUGAGAAGGCACGGGAACACAAGGAGAGGGUCGGGCACAGGUACAUGGAAGUGUUCAAAAGCAGCCAAGAGGAGGGGAGGUUGUACUCAGACCCACCCCUGAAGUUCAUGUCUGCAAGGCCCGGGCCCUGUGACCGUCCCGGCACUGCACGGAGGUAUAUUGGCAUUGUGAAGCAGGCAGGACUAGAGAGGACGCGAUCCGGGGCUUACAGUGCGGGCUAUGAGGGCUACGAGAAGUAUAGCGGCCUCAGCGACGGCUUCGGCUUCACCACCGACCCAUUUGGGAGAGACCUCGGCUACUGUCUCUCCGGCAUGUACGACCACAGAUACGGAGAUGGUGAGCUCACAGUGCAGAGUAUCACCGGCCACUGUGUCCACAUGUGGAGCCUGCCCUACAAAGCCACCGAGAACGACCUCUACAAUUUCUUCUCACCACUCAACCCCGUGAGAGUGCACAUCGAGAUUGGGCCUGAUGGCAGAGUGACGGGUGAGACCGAUGUGGAGUUCUCUACCCAUGAGGAAGCUGUGGCGGCCAUGUCUAAGGACAGGGCCAACAUGCAGCACCGCUGUCUAGAACUCUUCCUCAAUUCCACCACAGGGGCCAGCAACGGGGCGUACAGCAGCCAGGUGUUGCCGGGCAUGGCGGUGUCAGCUGCCCAGGCCAUCUACAGCAGCCUAGAGAGCCAGUCAGUGAGUGGCUAUGGGGCUGGCUACAGCGGUCAGAACAGCAUGGGGGGCUACGACUAGUUAUUUAGGGAGGUUGAAGUCCUCCAUCAAAUUGUCACAGGCAGCCAACAUGUAGU